UAAUCCGCUACUUCUCUCUGACCCAGAAGUACUCUGUGUUUGUGUGUGUGUCUCACAUGACCCUCGCGGAGCAGCAUGUAAAGUCUUCUUCAGAUUCAAAGUAAAUAAGCCCCAUAUCGAUCCGGUUCCUCUGCGUCCUUCAUGUUAGUGUUCGGAGCGGGACGCUGCGGACUCUGAACAGAAAGGACUGAUGGCGUCGUGGAGUCUGAGGCCGAUGCUCUCGUCGUUAUUACAAGCGUCCCGGUCGGCGCCCUCAUGGACCCCCCUGCUGUCCCGGGCCAUGGCCGCCGCCCCCACCUGGACCGCCCCCCUGCUGACCCGGACCAUGGCCACCCUCAACCAGAUGCACCGUAAGGGGAAGCCCUCCCCCCCGCCCAAGACGCUGGGGGCCACGUUCGGCCGGCCGCAGCUGAAGGCGGUCAUCCUGAAGACCAUGAUCCGCAAGCCCAAGAAGCCCAACUCGGCCAACAGGAAGUGCGCCCGCGUGCGUCUGUCCAACGGGAAGGAGGCGGUGGUCUUCAUCCCUGGGGAGGGGCACAACCUCCAGGAGCACAACGUGGUGCUGGUCCAGGGGGGGCGCACCCAGGACCUGCCGGGGGUCAAGCUGACCGUGGUGCGCGGGAAGUACGACUGCGCCCACGUGGUCAAGAAGAAGCAGUAGGGAAGGGCGUGUGGGCGUGUGUGUGUGUGUGUGUGUGCGUGUGUGUGUGAGUGAGGUCGGACAUUGUCACAGAUGUUUUAAUAAAUCUGUCGUGGACGUUGAUUGGA